GGUUGGAGGCGGUAUGGUUCUGGUUAGUGAUGUAAGGGGGGUGUAGCGGCACAACCCUCUCGGCCUCCACCAAUGGUGAUAUGGGCUGGGCUCAACACCCAUUUUCGGAAGGCUUGCUAUAAAACGGGCCAAUCAAAUCCCUCUGCUCUCACGAGCGCAGGAGUCCCUAACUGACGCAAUCGCUGCCUUUGGAAAGCGUAAGAGUCCAUUUAUCAUGAGUGCCGAUGAUACCGAGUCUUACUCGGUUCAGAAGAACGAGAAUGGCGUUCACAACAGAGCCAGUGUCAACGGCAAACCCCUGAAUGGGAACGCAGUCGGCGGUAAGGGCCUCGACCGUGUCGGUGUCAGCGGAAACGGUGUCAAUGGUGUCCGAGACAAAGCCCACAGGGAGACAUGGGAAGUCAAGCCUUCCUCGAUGGCUGACAACACCCUCAAUCCCAUAAGGGCCAUUGUGGAUGGGAUGAAGCUCUCCCCAAACCCAGACAAAGCCAUGAUCGCCCUUUCGAUAGGGGAUCCCACUGUCUUUGGUAACCUUCCUACAGAUGAUCUGAUGCUUCAGGCCAUGAAAGAUGCCAUAGAUUCGCAGCAGUACAACGGCUACGCUCCUUCUGUUGGUUACCUGAAGAGCCGACAGGCAGUAGCCAAAUUUUACAGCUGCUCCGAGGCUCCUCUCGAUGCAGAGGAUGUCAUUUUGACCAGCGGCUGUAGCCAGGCCAUUGACCUGGCGAUCAGUGUCAUGUGUAAUCCAGGGGACAACAUCCUAGUUCCACGUCCAGGGUUCUCCUUAUAUAAGACCUUGGCUGUUUCCCUUGGCAUCGAGGUCAGACUCUACAACCUGUUGCCGGAGAAGUCGUGGGAGGUGGAUCUGCAACAUUUGGAUGGCCUGAUUGAUGACAGAACAUCCCUUCUAAUUGUCACUAACCCAUCCAACCCGUGUGGCUCGGUCUUCACCAAGGGACACCUACAAAUGAUUCUCGAAGUGGCUUCUCGAAACCGUCUCCCCAUCCUGGCAGAUGAAAUCUACGGUAACAUGGUUUUCCCAGGUUGUGACUGCCAGUCCCUGGCAUCUCUCAGCAGCGACGUACCAAUCAUUUCCUGCGGGGGCCUGGCUAAGCGCUGGCUCGUCCCCGGUUGGAGAAUGGGAUGGAUCCUCAUCCACGACAGGAACAACAUCUUUGGAUCUAAGAUUCGACAUGGCCUUGUCAAGCUGAGCCAACGUAUUCUUGGACCCUGCACCAUCGUCCAGGGCGCCCUGGAGGGAAUCCUCAACAACACACGUCAAGGUUUCUAUGAUGAUACCAUUCAUUUUAUCAAGUCCAACGCUGACAUUUGUUUUAAUGAGCUGUCCACUGUGCCUGGCUUGAACCCCAUCAUGCCCUCAGGAGCCAUGUACUUGAUGAUUGGAAUCGACAUAGACAGCUUCCCAGAUUUUCAGAAUGAUGUUGACUUUACUGAACGACUGGUGACCGAGCAGUCCGUUUUCUGUCUGCCCGCUACAGCUUUUGAGUAUCCCAACUUCUUCCGCAUUGUGGUGACUGUUCCAGAACAGAUGAUGGUGGAAGCGUGUGGUCGGAUCAGGGAGUUUUGUCAGCGCCACUAUUGGUCAGGCCGCUGUAACGAACACUCCCUACAAGAUACAUCUGUCUGAUGGCAUUCGGAGAGGCCUUCAAACCACCGGACAUCUGUUUUAACUCAAGUGGGCCCAUAAAAGUAGAUAAAGGUCCUCCUUUGCGAAAACAAAGACCUUUCAGCGUGGAAGGCUGCAACAUGACCAGACGUGGAAGUUCGGAAUAAUUGACAACAAUGGAUUUAUUAGUUCAACUGGCCUCAAUGAAUUGAAUAGUUUACCAACGUCCCCAUGAACCCGCCAGAGGAAUUCGAAGAGACCCUUUUGACAUUCUUAACGUCUGCUCAUGACCCCCGCCCGCAGCGUGAUUGGGGGAAGGAAUUGAUUGAUGACUGUUGAACCCUGGAACAUGGUCACUUACUUGUCAUUAAUGGAACGUGAUCACCCCCAGUGGUGAUUGCAGACACUGCCAGUUGGACUCCUCGUGGUAGUGUACCAUGCGGUGGCAGUGGACAAUACAAUGACAUGAAAGAAAUCUUACGUUUGUACCAAACAAAACAAACCUACAUGAAUAUUCUAAAUGUAUACCUUGAUUUUGGUGUCAUUAACUCAUUUACUGCUAGCUUUUCUCAGAAAAGAAAACCCCCUUGGUGCCGGCCGUUUUUGAAGAUUGUGAACGACUUUCAAAGGCUUACAGAAUAUUUUGUUCAAUUAAUAUAUUCAUACCAAAUGCUCCAAAUUAAAGGAUAAACUCUCUUCUUUCAGCAGGAAAAAAAGCUAGCUCCUGCCCUUUUCUGUUCUUGAGUUGUGUGCAGUGAAACAUACUGUAGGUAAGUUUUAGGUUUGUUGGUCGUGUCUCACAGGUUAUGGAGAUAAUAAGCUUUUUGUCAAAAGCAGCAUUUAUGCAACAGUAACUUCGAUGCUUGUAUAUUUUUUGGCUUAUGUCACGUUACGUGUUUUUAUUGCAUAAUCCAGCUAAAGCAACAUUUAGGGAUGGCUUUUGAUUGAAAAAUAAUCACGUAUUUGGCUAUAUAAUCUGCCGUGAGUGAUGCAAACUCACCGGAUAUCACGUCUGCCAUGACACUUUGUGUCGUUUCCUGGCUGUUGACAUGGCAACCGUGAUCCUCGCCAUUUCUGACACAAGCACACCAUUGUGCUAACUACCGCAGUACAUAUUCUGUGAAUACUUGACAUCUACUUUUGUUUCUGAGUGUAAAAAAGUCCGACUUCCAGCCUGUCUGCACCGCUCAGCAGUGCCUAUCAGGCUACAGGGUCAAAUCUAAAAAUGGUGCAUCGCUGCCCUCGGCUGGGAGUUUCACUAUUAGUAGGCUGUUGAAUCUUUGUGGGGAGGUACGUCAAAGUGUCCGUGAAGAAACGGAAAGUAUUCAAAUGUGCUCGGCACCCAAUAUAGGCUUUUAAAACUACGCAUUAAUACGCGUUAGGCACUAAAUGAGUUAAUGUGUUGAUUCUACAGGUCUAACUGCAAGACUGCUUGAGAAGAACUGUACCUCUUGGUUUGAAACCAAACAGUAUUAAAUGUUGUAUUGCACAAUAAGGAGUUGAUUUGCCAAGACUAAGGUUUAAACAAUCAUUUUAUGUGCUUGAUCUCUGCGUGAGACAGUUUCAAAGUUGGGAACCGUUUAUUAGAAUAUGUGCAGAGUUUCAACCCAAUUUUUUGGGCGUGACUUACGCAGAUAGAAUGAAAUUUAACAUGGAAACCCGAGUCGAUGGGUGUGGUCUCCUUCUCCGCCUCAGAAGAUACAAAAAGCCUCGACAUCCUUUCUUCUUGGCUCACUCUCUUCUUCCAGCCAACAUCCCUUCAGUUCCUGCGCUUGGCUCCGGCCAACCCCCUCCCCCCUUUUCCUUUGUUUUGUCACCACGUCGAAGGCGCGCGUGACCCCGGACCCCGGACCACGUCGAAGGCGCUGUCAAGAUGAAAGAAGCCUGCCACGCAGCUUCUGUUUUUUUUUCCCAGCCUGGACUUGUUCUCCUGGCAUGAGCAAAAGUUACACCCGCAGUCUAGCGCAAGAGCGUGGCCUGCAAUAAGUCCAAACGGCAGGAAACGUUACGAGUCCACCCGCGUGAACUGCAACUUUCUUUUUGUUGUCCCUCUUUUGUUUGACUUUUUGUGCACCUUCUUCUUCAACUAAACCGGCCUCCUUUCCUCUUGAGACAACUGAGAAAAGACCAUCCCCGAACCAUGGAAUCCACGAUCGUGAGUAAAACAUUGCAGUGAUUACUAGAAAGUACAAAUUGGUGCAUAGUAACUUGGGGUUAAGUUAACGACCUCACACGAGUCCCAACUUUAUUCUCUCUCACUAUGCUUCAAAUCAUUUACGAGGUCAGUCGUUCGCCCGAUAUCUUUUUCUUUACAUACGUUUGCCUGUCAUUUUUGUAGUAAAGUCCCUAUGCAUUUUCCCCCAAAUUCCCCUGUAGGUUUCAUUAAAUUUUCUCUAAACGAAA